AUGCCCUUUGGAACUCGUGGAAGGUCGAGGAAGCGGAAAGCCUUUUUCCUUCAAAUAAGAAAUGGGACACAUGGAAAGACUUUGGGUUUGAAGGAUGUCCACGUUGUCAUCACAGACCCGCUGUACGCAGGCGCAAGCAUUUGUCUGCGGUUCCUUCUUUUGGCCCUGAGCGCCCAACCACUCAGGAUGCCUAAGGAUGAGCCAGUGCAGCUGAAAGCUAAUUCGAGGCCCUGGUCAUCACCCCCAGGGCUCGGGGCAGAAUGCUGUACUCCGAAGGGCUUCUGCCCGCGAGCCUCAGGGAUACCCAACGGUCUCUCACCUGGCUCUGCUUCCUGCGCCCCGGCCCAGCCAUGUUCCUACUCCUCGCAGGGCUUGCUGCGCUUGGAGGGCUGCUCGCCAGCCAGGGUGACUUAUAUCAUUACCAUUGAUAACAAACCAUAUGCUCUGCAUCUCAGAAAACACUCAUUUGUAUCCCAGAACUUUUUGGUUUAUACAUAUAAUGAAACUGGAUCUUUGCCUUCUGAGUCUUCAUAUUUUAAGAUGCAUUGUCAUUAUCAAGGAUACAUUGCAGGUUUCCCAAAUUCAGUCGUGACACUCAGCAUCUGUUCUGGACUCAGGGGAUUCCUUCAGUUUGAAAAUAUAAGCUAUGGCAUUGAGCCUUUGGAAUCUUCAGCGAGAUUUGAGCACAUAAUUUAUCAAGUGAAAAAUGACCAUACAGAUAAACCAGUGUUGGCAGAAAAUUACAGCAAUAUUUGGCAGAAAGAUCAGUCCUAUGCAAUCAAUUUAAGCUCACAGGAAAAAACUUUUUCAGAACUAUUGCCCCAAUAUCUAGAAAUGCACAUUAUAGUGGAAAAAGCUUUGUAUGAUUAUAUGGGAUCAGAAAUGAUGGCUGUAACACAAAAAAUUAUCCAGAUUAUUGGCCUUGUCAAUGCAAUGUUUAGUCAGUUCAAAUUGACUGUGAUAUUAUCCUCCUUGGAAUUGUGGUCAGAUAAAAACCGAAUUUCCACCAUUGGAGAGGCUGAUGAUUUAUUACAAAGAUUUUUGGCAUGGAAACAGGACUAUCUUAUCCUUCGGCCCCACGAUGUAACAUUCUUACUUAUUUACAGGAAACAGCCUAAACAUGUGGGAGCAACAUUUCCUGGCACGAUAUGCAAUAGAAGCUAUGAUGCAGAUGUUGCUGUGUAUCCAGGCACAAUAACAUUGGAGGGAUUUUCAGUUAUUAUAGCUCAACUACUUGGCCUUAAAAUAGGGUUAGCAUAUGAUGACAUCCAGGAGUGUUCCUGUCCAACAGCUAAGUGCAUAAUGAACCAUGAAGCAGUAGUUUCCAGUGGUGUAAGGAUUUUUAGCAACUGUAGCAUGCAUGAAUAUAGAUCUUUUGUUUCAACAUUUGAAGCUCAGUGUCUUCAGAAGUUUUCAAUAUUGAAACCAUUCUACCAAAAUCAAUCAGUGUGCGGUAAUGGAAUUUUGGAAACUCAUGAAGAAUGUGACUGUGGCAGUGAACAGGAAUGUCAGUUUAAGAAUUGCUGUGAUUAUAAUACAUGUAAACUGAAAGGCCCGGUACAGUGUGCUUCUGGAUCAUGCUGUACGUCAAAAUGUGAGAUAUCAGUAGCAGGCACUCCCUGUAGAAAGAGUGUGGAUCCAGAGUGUGAUUUUACCGAGUAUUGCAAUGGGACUUCCAGUGAUUGCGUUCCUGACACAUAUGCCAUGAAUGGCCAGUUGUGCAGAUUGGGGAAUGCAUAUUGUUACAAUGGACGAUGCCAAACUACUGACAACCAGUGUGCCGAGGUAUUUGGAAAAGGUGCUCAAGGUGCUCCAUUUGCCUGUUUUGAAGAAGUUAAUUCUUUGCAUAAUAGUUUUGGAAACUGUGGUUUUAAAAAUUCCCAACCAUUACCUUGUGAGCAAAAGGAUGUUCUUUGUGGAAAGUUAGCUUGUGUUUGGCCACAAAAUAGUACUUAUAGAAGUGAUGUUCGAUCUGCAGUUUAUUCAUAUUCUCAAGGACUUCUGUGCAUAACUACUGCGUCAUCAGUGAGAUCAGGUGGAGGAGAUUAUACCUAUGUGGCUGAUGGCACCGUGUGUGGUGCACAGAUGUAUUGUAUAAAUAAAACCUGCAAAGAAGUUCCUUUAAUGGGAUAUAAUUGUAAUGCCACUAUAAAAUGCAGAGGAAAUGGGAUAUGUAAUAAUUUAGGCAAUUGUCAUUGCAUUCCUGACUAUACACCUCCAGAUUGUGAAUUACAAAUUGGUUCACCAGGAGGAAGUAUUGAUGAUGGAAAUGAUCAUAAAUCUUAUACAAUGUUUACUAAAAAAGGCUACAAUACACAUCAAAACUGGCUUAUUUUAAGUUUCUACAUUUUUCUGCCCUUUUUCAUAACUUGCACCAUUAUGAUAAUGAAGCGAAAUGAAAUGAGAAAAUCAUGCAACAAAGAGAGUGUGGAAUAUGAGGGUCAUUCAGCCAUUGUACCAGAACGCUAUGACAUGGACAACUAA